AUGGACGAAGACGACACCCUACCGCCCGAACUGGCGGGUUUCGGCGUGCGGGGGCAGGGGCAACAACUUGGUGACCCUAGACGGGGCCGACCUCGCGCGGCACUGCCCGCUGGACAACGGGCGUCACACCCCGGCGCCGAGGCACCUGCUCGGGCGUCUAAACGACCUGCCCCCGAAGUGCUCGUGGCGACGGUCGACUCCAUUGCGGAAUACAGCCGAAUCGUGCAACACUGCCCCGACGUGCUCCGCGCCGUCAUCUGCCUGGGCGCGACGUCGUACGACUGCGCGACCCUGCACCGGACGCUCUGCCACUGGCGGUGCCGGCGGUGCACCAGCCGCUUCGGGAGCCAAAUCUACCUCAUUACGUGCCAGCGCGUGUGCUACUACUGCUACACCGAGGCCAUUGACUACUUCCCCGUCGAGGUCGAGCAGGCGGUCGCGUACACGGGGCGAGGCCUCGCCCCUCCGGGGCCUCCUCGAUACGCUCCCCAACGUCCUCAGCCUACCGGGAAAGACGGGGGCGCGCAUCCCGCUGUUCGAUCGCUGGGCGGUGCUGCGCCUGAUGAGGGCCCCGCUGGCGUGGCCGCGGGCGUUUGA